AUGAAGAACGGGAAGUCACGAGUUUGCGUUGACUUCACCGAUCUGAAUAAAGCAUGCCUCAAGGACAGUUUUCCACUUCCGCACAUCGACAGACUAGUCGAAUCGACCUUGGGACACGAAUUAAUGUCCUUCAUGGACGCUUUCUCCGGUUACAACCAAAUCCUCAUGAAUCCGGAGGACCAGGAGAAGACUGCAUUAAUCAUGGACCGCGGGACUUACUGUUACAAAGUUAUGCCGUUCGGAUUGAAAAAUGCUAGAGCAACUUACCAUAGUCUGGUAAAUCGGAUGUUCGAGCAACAGCUCGGAAAAACCAUGGAAGUUUACAUUGAUGACAUGCUGGUGAAGUCCAUGGAAGCCAGUCCGCACCUCACGGUUUUGAAAGUUUGUUUCGACAUUCUAAAUCAGUUCGGAAUGAAACAUAACCCCAUGAAGUGUACUUUUGCAGUUCCAUCAGGAUAA